CCUCGCGCCGCUCAGUCAGCGCCUGAUCGCGGGGGGACCAGCGUCGCUCCGCCCGGCACUCGCGAUCCACGGGUUCGCUAACCUUUCCCAUACAUCGCAUCUUACGUGAUACAUCAACAGAUACAUUUUUUAAAACAAAAAUAAAAAACAAUCACCACCUUGUUCAGUGAACUCUGCCGAAACCGGCUUCGAACCCGACUUGUGAUUGUUUGAACUGACAGUGCGCGUGUUUUGCUUUCCUAUCGAUAACAUAACCUGUAUGAAUUCAAGGGCACAGAAGUAUCAGAUCUGAUUAAUCGGUUUUUUGGAUCCAGUGCUGCAGAGCUGUUCGAACGAGUUUAGCCUCCUUGUGCCUACUUGUAAAAUAUAAGUGGGCGUAUUCGAAAGUUUGAAAAUCGAUUGGGGUGACGUGCGUGCGUGGGAUUGAGUUUAUGUAAUCUUUGUUUACCUUGGGAAUAUGCACUGAGCUGACUACGCUAGGUGUCCACCUAUUCCUUGUGCCGUGCAUUCCCACUGCGGACUUUCGUGGACCAGCGUAAAAUAACUGGUUAGAAGAUUACUCGAUAAAUCACGACUCAGAUCAUGGCCUUGUUUAAUUGGGGAUUAUAAAAGACGCUACUUCCAGGUAUCUGGAAUGAUCCAAAACAGAAAACUGCAUUACCGUCCACCCGAUCGAAUGUCCAGGGCGCGGGCGUGAGAUGGCACGCGCGGGCAUGCUGCACAGGGGAGGAAAAAAUGGACCCGAAGGGUGCGAUGACGUGCAGCGUUCGCUGGAGCUGCUGGACCAGGUGCUGAGCGAGUACGACGAGGGCGAGCCGCGGUCGCUGGAGGCGCGCGCCUCGGCCACGGCGGCGCCCGCCACGCCGGCCACGCCUGCGACGCCUGCCACGGAUGACGACUCGCCGCUCGCGGGACACACAUCUGAGGACGAUGGAUACAUGAGCAUGAACGGGAGAAGAGCGAAAUUUGCCCUCGGGUUCCGUCCGACAGAGGAGCGCGAGGAGCCUUCGCCGCCCGACCCGCCGUCGCCGCGCUCGCCGCCGCCGCCCGAGGAGGCCCAGCGGAUCAUCUCCACCCUCCUGCCCAAGGUAUCACCGGCAAACUCAGCGAAGCGAACGCCGUCAGUUGAACAACGAGGAGAGACCUUCGACUCCAUCAUCAGUGUCAACGGGAUCACGACCGCCACGCAGACUACCUUUCCAAAAACGAGACAUCAGCGACCAUACGGCUGGGAGAAAGACAACGAAAGCAACGGGUUCCACCUGCAGCUGGCGCCGGCGCCGGCGCCGCCGUACCCGUUCGCGUCGCUGCAGCACGGGCCGGGGCACGGCGCGCGCGGUGCGGACGCCGCGUGGCUGCCGCCGCGCGCGCUCGCGUCGCCCGGCGCCCGCUCGCCCGGCGUCGACAGCCCGCCCGUCUUCCCCUUCAUGGGCUUCUCCGCCGAGUUCGGCGACAAGCCCUACAACGAGCACCCCGUCACCAUCUACCCCGGCCCCAACGUCCAGUACGGCCGCCAGUCCCACUCCCCGAGCACCGUUCAGAAGAUAUCGCCCUCGAAUACCAAAAAUCUCGACAGAAACAGACGCGACGCCAGAUCCGACGGGGAGAUGCUGUCGCCGAGGAGCAGGGUGCCUCCGCGGACUCUCGCCGGUUCUAUGGAGAGACAUAGAGAAGUGUGUAGAGGUUCCUCGGAGGAGAUAAUGGAGAUCUGUAAGAGGGAUCCGACCCGCGGCGCCGAGGAGGAGCAUUUUUCGGACGACUCGCUGGAGGAGUCGUUCCCGCCGCCGCCGCCCGCCGCCACCACGCCUUCGAAACGCAAUUCCAUAGCUUGGGAAGUGUCUCUCGAUGGUGAUGAUCCUCUACUCACUCCAGGGAGCACGAAGGUGAUAGGACGACGAAGAAGAAAAUCUGGUGAUCAAUCACACUCGAGCACGAGUUCGAUACCACAGCGAGUGGAAGACGAGUGGGGCGAGGAGUACUGGCCGCCGCCGCCGCCCUGCGAGCCGCGCGCCGAAGCCGUCUCACCCGCUUCCGACGCGGACACCGACAGCCGCCGCGCGCAGGACCUCGCCUCCGGCACUUAUGUCAUCCGAAAAGGCAAAAAUCGAAAGCAACUCCCGAGCUUUAACAAAAACGCUAACGCCAAAUCCGCCAACACGAGUAGCCUCCUUCAAAAUCAUAGUCUCAAUAGAAGCCUAGACACCGACAAGUCCAUGGACGGCUCGAGUAUAUCCAUUAGCGGAUCCGGUUCGGUCGGAUCGUACAACUCCAGGCCGAGCUCGGAUUUGAGCCUUCCGCAGUCUCGAUAUAGCGUCGAUUUAAAUUCGAGACUGAGCCGCGAGCUGAACACUCCCAACUCGAGAUACAGCAUUGAUCUUUGCUACCCGAAUUCGAGGCUGGGCAAGGAGAUGACCUCCCCGAAAUCGAGACUCAGCUUAGAUCUCAACAACGGCCCGGACAGAUACACCAACCAGGAGUAUUACGGCCACAGCCCCAAGAGUAGAAAAGUACCUAGCGAGAGAAACGCGCACUCGACGAAGAGCAACGUCGUUCAGAACAAACUGUCGCCGCAGAAUAGAUUCACCGAUUUCAAAAAAUACUCUUCGACGUUCGACAACAUUCAGUCAUUAAUCAAGGAGGGCAAAGUGGAGGAGACCCCGCCGACGGAAUGUAACGAGACGGUGAACGAGCUGUCGACGGCGCCGCCCAACAUGGUGCGCGUCGUGUCGCUGCCGACGCUCGGCGACGGCGACGUCAGCGCCAGCCGCCAGGCGCUCAUCACCACCGUCGAGGAGGAGGAGGAGCGCGACCACGAGAGCGCCGAGCACGGCUCCAGCGGCGACACCUCGCCUCUCAGGAAGAUCGAGAACAACAUCAGCGCCAUACUCAGCCAGGGACGGGACCAAAAACAUUUCACACCCUACAUACCUAAAGACUGGAAUAUCCAUAAGGACGAAUACUGUGAUGACGUAUCUAAAGAUAUAUUAGAAAACAAUUUCCGUUAUAGUUCUAGAGAGAGACAGAAGCGGCACGACAUCCAGAAGUCGUCGAGCCACAACGAGAUCCAGACCCAGCGGUCGAUGGACCGGCGCGAGCGGUCGGCCGGACGGCGCUCGAGCGGCAUGCACAAGUCGGCGAGCGCGAAGGACGCGGGCGCGGGGCUGGCGCGGCAGCCGUCGUCGUCGGACUCGGCGGUGUCGAGCGGCGGCGACUUCCCGCUGAACGUGCAGGUCGUGGAGCACGCGCACCGCCACUACCCGGCGCCGCCCUCGCCCGAGCUGGGCCCGCUGCCGCCGCCGCCCGCCUCGCCCGCCUUCCCGCCGCUGCCGCCCUCGCCCGUGCAGGAGGUGGACGACGAGUACACCGAGAUCGUGCAGCCGCCCGGCAAGCGGCACGGCAACAAGGCCGACACUCUGCCGACGCCCACGAUGGAGUCCAGGAGAAGGCCGUCGGAGCCGCCCGCAGUCCCGCCGCACCGCGACACCACCAACAGCCUGAAGACGCGUUCUAUGGAGGCCGGCUACAACAAGAACCGCCGCAGCAGCAACUUCAAGAGUGGUUCGACGGAUAGAAGGACUCUGCCGACAGACAUGGGAGCGAGCGGCGCGCGUCGCCGCACCCUGCAGCGUCAGAACCGCGACGCGCGUGGACCUCUUCAGACCUCCGCUAGCCUGCCGGAGACGCCGGUCUUCGCACGAGGCUGCGAUGUGCCCCGCACACCGCCCAGGAACUCCACUGGCCCUCCCAGGAACAACACUAUGACCUCCAUACAGUCUAUAGGGAGCAGUGUAACUCUGGGCGGUUACGGGCGCGGAUCCAUCGUGGGCCCCGCUGGCGUCAGCACCGGCGCUGACUUGCUGCGCCUCGGCGGACCUCCGCGCGGCUGGUACCCGCGGCAGCGACACAGGCCGGCCUCCAUCGAGCACCUGGACCGGCUGACGGCGUCGGCGAAGGCCGAGCACGCGCCGUGGGACGGCUCCGGCGCGCGCAAGCCGCUCACGCUGCCCCCCAACCUGACGCCCAAGUUCUUCCAUAAGUCACCCAGAGAGGCACUGCGUAGGGUCACCAGCUUAUUAAUACGAAAAGGGAACAAUGGAAAGGAGAAGGAAAACGCCAGAAGCAAGGAGGCCACGUCACCGGCGGCCCGCUCCGCUAACGGUGAUGACCAUCCAGGUCAGAAGCAACGCAAAGGAUUCUUCAGAAGCUUUUGGAAGAAAUCUCGUCACUAUUCUUUAGAGCAUCCGUGAACAAAUCGACACGCGACAAAUGAAUAAAGAAUGCACGUGGGCAAUGUUGAACGUUAGGCAAUCUGUUAGUUUCAUUUAUACAGAAACGAAACAAGAAAACUGUUAAUUAAUAUGAUAAUGUUAAUAUAAAAUAAAUAAUACUACAUACUAAACCCCUGCACAAGCUAUAAACAUGUUCAAUCAACUCAAUAAGUUUUAGUGAAGUAUUUGAUAAGAUUAGUUUUUAAUAGAAACAAAUAGACGACUUGAUGAAUAUACAUACAUACAAAGCCUGACGGAGGUAAAAGGAACUUCCGAGAGAACAUGUUCAGAGUGUAUGCCUACUGAAGUGUUGAUUGUGACUUUUAUAACAAUUAUAAACCAAGCCACAUGUAUAGAGCUCGUUAUUAAUCAAUUAAUACAUAUUGUAAAAUAAUUCAUAAUUUAUUUCUAAGUUAUGUAUUGUAUUCUUAUUUUUACAGCCAGCAAUUGGUAUAUAGGAAUGUAGAAAUGUAGAUAUAUCACACAGAAUUAUAAGUAUACAAAUGCAGAUUUUCAUUAAUAUAGCAAAAAUUGGUUGAGUUGUCCAAAUGUUCCAAUUACCAUAGAAAUAUUAGAACUUGUUGAUAAAAUCAUUUUAUUAAAAUGGAAGCGUGAAGAUUGUUAUUGAUAACUUGGCUAUUUUGUAGGUUUAGAACUUAUGAAUGAUUCUCGUGCGUGUAAAGAACCAAGAUCAGUUAAUAAGCUAUUGAUACAAGUUUACAUUUUAUACCAAUCCUUGUAUUCAUGUACUUAAUUCUUAAUAUUGUAGAUUUUGUCAAAAGAAAAAUAAAUUAUGUUCAUUAGCAUUUCA